AUGAUCUCCUUGAAGAUAACUCCGUACUCGAGGGGUAGGGCAAAGGUUUGCUUCCUUUCGAGAAGAAGAAGUUGGGAGAAGAAGAAGUUGGGUGUUCUUGACACGUACAAGAAGCACCCCUAUCUGAUUCAAUCGGCUAUAGACUAUGAAGUUUGCUUGAGAUCUGAUGUGUUUGUGGGGAACACCUUCUCGACUUUCUCCAGCCUUAUUGUUCUUGACAGAACUCAAUUGAUGAUCAGCAAGGGUCUUACACAACAGUGCGGGUUAGAUGUUAGAUGGCCUUCUUAUGCCUACAAUUUAGAAGGUGAAUUAAAUGGUCCACGCCCUUGGGCAGCUAAUAUGUCGGAUGACGCGGUUUUCGACAAAUUCGGUGGUAAACCUUCAACUCCUUUUUGUAGAUGGCAUGAGGUACAUGAUUUUGGCCUUGUAUAUCUUCAGUGUUAGGCAAUCUUUUAUAUAUAAUUCUUCAUUCUUAUACUCCUUUGAAAUAUGUUAGGUUGUGUAAAUGAUAUGGAAUACUUCCCUGAUUAGUUAUUUACGUUUGAGAUUGUUCAUUGAUUGAAUUAUCUCCGAGUUAUUGAUACUUUGUAAAAGUAGGGGGAAAUUCGGAUUGAUCACAACGUGCUCGUCUUCUGGUAAUGAAUAUUUGGCUGUGUUGUUGAA